AGCCGGGUUCCACCUCCUCCGGGGGCUGGGCAAUGGGCGGGGAAGGGGACACGCCGAUUAAAGGGAGGCCAGCGCGGGGCCGGGCUGCUUGUGCCGGCGCCGCGUUGUCCCCAGCCUGGCCACGGUGGAGGACGCGCCGAGGGCCAUGGUCCAGCGGCCCAGACCCCAGAGAUAGCGAGCUGCUGUUCCUGCCCAGUUCUCGCUGAGCGUCUGGAACGCAGGUAUCCGGGAGCUGGUCUGAUAAGGUAUAGACUUCUGGGCUGAAAGUUACAUUUCUGUGUUAAAAGUUAUCACUCUAAUCAUCUCCUGGCCUCCACUGUUUCCAAGAAAUCUGCUGUAGUUUUUAAUCUUUGUUUCUGUACUUGGAAACACCUUUUUACCAGAAAUCACCAAGAGCUGCUCCAAAAUAGGACAUAACAAGUUCACUCAAGCUAGCUCAAGAAAUCAGGAGGAAGCUGAACCAUCUAUCUCUAGAAAUGUCUUCAGAAAGUAAAGAGCAACAUGACUCUUCAUCCAGAGACACAGAUGAAGGAAAUGACAGUCUUUCAUCUGGGGUCCCCCUGGAGACUCAAAAGGAACGAAGUACUGACUUCAAGCAAGUUGAGACCAAUGAUCAAUGCAGACUUUAUCGUAGGAUCCAUGUGGAGCCUCAAGAGAAAUCAAAUACUAACAUCAAGCAGCUUGUUAUCAAAAAGCUACAGAAGAGUUGCCAGUGUAGCCCAACUAAAGCAAAAAAUAUGAUUUUUGAUUUCCUUCCUGUUUUGCGGUGGUUCCCAAAAUAUGAUCUAAAGAAAAACAUUUUAGGAGAUGUGAUGUCUGGUUUGAUUGUGGGCAUCUUAUUGGUGCCCCAGUCCAUUGCUUAUUCCCUCUUGGCUGGCCAAGAACCUAUCUAUGGUCUGUAUACAUCUUUUUUUGCCAGCAUCAUUUAUUUCCUGUUUGGUACCUCCCGUCACAUCUCUGUGGGCAUUUUUGGAGUGCUGUGCCUUAUGAUUGGUGAGGUAGUUGACCGAGAAGUACACAAAGCUGGCUACGACACUGCUGAUACUGCUCCUUCUUUAGGAAUAGUUUCUAAUGGGAGCAUAUUAAUGAAUCACACAUCAGAAGGGAUAUGUGACAAAAGUUGCUAUGCAAUUAAAAUUGGCAGCACUGUGACCUUUAUGGCUGGAAUUUAUCAGGUAGCGAUGGGCUUCUUUCAAGUGGGCUUUAUUUCUGUCUACCUCUCAGAUGCCUUGCUGAGUGGAUUUGUCACUGGUGCCUCCUUCACUAUUCUUACAUCUCAGGCCAAGUAUCUCCUUGGACUAAGCCUUCCUCGGAGUAAUGGCGCGGGCUCACUCAUCACUACAUGGAUACAUAUCUUCAGAAACAUCCAUAAGACCAAUCUCUGUGAUCUCAUCACCAGCCUUCUGUGUCUUUUGGUCCUUUUGCCAACCAAAGAACUCAAUGAGCACUUCAAGUCCAAGCUCAAGGCACCAAUUCCUACUGAACUCAUUGUUGUUGUGGCAGCCACACUAGCAUCUCAUUUUGGAAAACUAAAUGAGAAUUACAAUUCCAGUAUUUCUGGACAUAUUCCCACUGGGUUUAUGCCACCCAGAGCUCCAGACUGGAACCUAAUACCUAACGUGGCUAUAGAUGCAAUAGCUAUUUCUAUCAUUGGUUUUGCUAUCACUGUAUCACUUUCUGAGAUGUUUGCCAAGAAGCAUGGCUACACAGUCAAAGCAAAUCAGGAAAUGUAUGCCAUUGGCUUCUGCAAUAUUAUCCCUUCCUUCUUUCACUGCAUUACUACUAGUGCAGCUCUCGCAAAAACACUGGUUAAAGAAUCAACAGGUUGCCAAACUCAGCUAUCAGCUGUGGUGACAGCUUUGGUUCUUCUGUUGGUCCUUCUGGUAAUAGCUCCUUUAUUCUUUUCACUUCAGAAGUGUGUCCUUGGUGUGAUCACUAUUGUAAAUCUUCGGGGAGCCCUUUGUAAAUUUAGAGAUCUGCCCAAGAUGUGGAGGGUUAGCAGAAUGGAUACAGUUAUAUGGUUUGUUACUAUGCUGUCCUCUGCUCUGAUAAGCACUGAAAUAGGCCUGCUUGUUGGGGUUUGUUUUUCUAUGUUUUGUGUCAUACUCCGCACACAGAAGCCAAAGAUUUCAUUGCUUGGUUUGGUGGAAGAGUCUGAAAUCUUUGAAUGCAUGACUGAUUACAAGAACCUUCAGACUACACCAGGCAUCAAGAUUUUCCGCUUCAUAGCCCCUCUCUACUACAUAAACAAAGAAUGCUUUAAAUCUGCUUUAUACAAAAAAACUUUAAACCCAAUCUUAGUAAAGGCAGCUCGGAAGAAGGCAGCAAAGAGAAAACUCAAAGAGGAAACAGUGACUUUCAGUGGAAUCCAGGAUGAAGUUUCAGUGCAACUUUCCCAUGAUCCCCUGGAGCUGCACACAAUAGUGAUUGACUGCGGCUCAGUACAGUUUUUAGAUACAGCAGGGAUCCAUGUACUGAAAGAAGUCCGAAGAGAUUAUGAAGCCAUUGGCAUUCAGGUUCUGCUGGCUCAGUGCAAUCCCUCUGUGAAGGAUUCCUUGGCCAGAGGAGAAUACUGCAAAAAGGAAGAAGAAAACCUUCUCUUCUACACUGUGUAUGAAGCAGUGGCUUUUGCUGUAGAAUCUCAAAACCAGAAAGGAAUUUGUGUUCUCAAUGGUCUGAGUUUUUCCAGUGAUUGACAAAGUAAAUGAAAGGAAGAAUACAGUCUAGCCAAUAGGCUAAAAUUUCAAUGUGCAACAUUUUCCACUGUGGAACUAGAAAAUGUUGCAGACUUGAAAUUAAUUCUUCCUUUACAGCUAAUGACUUUUUUAUAUUUUCAAACGUAACAGAGCUUAUGGGUGGACAGAAUCAAAAAGAAGAUGUUGUGGUUUCAAGCUUUCAUGCAGAUACGAAGUAUUUUUGGGUGCAGUAGUUAUUUAUUGAACUUAGUAGCCCGUGCUUAAUUACCACCUUGCUUUAGAGACUAUACAUUUGGACUCUUCCUCCUCCAGGAGGUAAAAGGGUGAAGUAGAGGUGCACAAUAGAAAUGCUAGAACCUUUGUAUGGCUCUGGAGAGGGGAGGAAAGAAGGCAGAGAAUGUUGUACCUGCUCUUCCUGUGGCAGCAGGAUGAAAGGCUCGUGGAGCAUGAGGUCCUAACCAGACAGGUUUAUUCUUACAGUGCUUCUCUGUUCCCAGCCUUUACUCCCCAGACAGCAGUAGGAUAUUUGGCAUUUAGUAGGAAAACAUCCUCCUUUCCUUAAGGCAGAGAAUAGUCUGUGAGCACAGUGUUGUUUGGAGUCUGGUGGCAGGUUUGUGACAUCCUGAUAACCAGCCUGACAUUAGACAGAGCACACUUUGUAACAUCUGACACCAUUUUAUUUAGGAUAAGUAGGUAAGCAAAGAGUUCUUCAAAAUUGGGAAAAAAACAAGAGUCCUCUGUCUUUUCUGUGGUCUUUGUUCUUGUUUCUGAGAAGUUAGUUAUCAUUAAGCUGUUUUAGCUUUUAGUUUUCCUAGAGCUUUCCCAUGAAAUGUGUUCAAAACUGCUAUUUCUGAAUAUUAGUGAUCGUAUUGCCAGAUAAAACAGGAUACUAACUCAACAUUUUCUUACAAAAUUUUAAAUGAGCUUGUGGCAAACUGUCAAGGACAGAUUUUAGAAAAGGACAGUUUCUCUUAAGAACUGUGGUCCUUCCCCUCUACUCCAUGGCAUUUUGGCGAGGUCUGCUGGGGACUGACAGUCUUUCUGAAAUAGAAGCUGCUGUUCAUGGGAAGGAUGUACAGAAGUAAUAGAAUGUUUCCAUGUAUGGGAGUUUUUUUGCUUGCGAUUGUUAGCACCAUAAACUGCCAGUGUUUCUCCUGUUUGUUUACAUUUUUUUGUUGGUUUAGUUUGAAACAGGUCUCACUAUGUAACCCAGUCUCACUUUGAACUUGUUAUUUAGUUUAGGCUAGCCUCAAACUCACGAUCCUCCUCCUUCAACUUCCUGACUGCUGGGAGUACGUGCAGGCCACCAAUCCUUGCAGGAAAAUACUUUUCUAUCAUCCCAGCAAAGCAGUUGCUGAUGGG